AUAUCCAGGCAGAAGUCAAUGAAUUAGCACUGUUCUGUCUCAGUAACUGCGGUGACCAGCCAGAACCACAGAACACCGUCUCAUGUUGAAGACCAAUCGCCGGGCUUGCGGUCAGCUGAAAUAUGUCUCCCACAGGGAAAACCUACAAAGUUAACUUGCAGCUGAAGCUCAUUCAACCUCUUGAAAACACCUUAGUUGCUAAGCACCGUGGGUCCUAUCAGCAUACCAUAUGUCUGAACUACACAUACUUGUCAUAGCGUCCAGCAUAGCAGGGCGAAAUCAGGUAACUGUCAAGCAGAUGAUGAAGAGACCACGGAGAUCGCGGCAUAUCUGCGUGUAAGCAUAAAUCUCGAUAGGAGCCGCAGUAAAAUGUAUUUCUUAUUAUCACUUUGAGAACACUUAAACAGUUUAGCCUGUGUGAAGAUGUUUGUCUUUCCUCUUGACGGGGAAUACUUUUUACCGAUGUACCAUUUUUCAUUUCCUCAAGUUUUAUAUCCUCUUUAUGUAUCGUGCUUAUGAUACUUCAGGAUCCUAUUCUUUCCUGUUUUCUCGUUUGUCUUUUCAAGUAACGGAGAGGCGCUGACCAGUGUCCCUUAUAAUAAAAUCUUCUUUUUUUGCAAUAAAGUCAAAGGAUUUAUAGACCGUGAAGCCUCUGUUACUGUUACCCCACUCUAAUGUCUACCCAACAAUAUUGAUACCCGUUUAUAAUAUCCAUAUAUCAAGAUCGAAAAUAGGCGGCGGAAGGAUUAAGAGACUACAGGGGUCCGUCUUUGACACGAUGAACCACUCAGAGAGUGUUGCCCAACAAGGCGAUGACGCCACAGAAACUUUACCUUUUACACAGCAUAACAUAAAAAAAAAAGCUGCAACAGGACGGCUGAGAAAAACAGGAUUUUAUUACCGCGUGCUGUUAGGAACCAGCUAACACUAAAAAAAAAUUAACGAGGUCAAGUCAUGCAUCGACUGACCCGAAUAAGACUGGUAAAUUUUUCAACUUGACGAGAAGACGGCAGACAGCUGUUUGGUGAACAGAGAAUAAACAUCAUCCAUUUUCAUUUCUUCACCUCGUGACAAACCAACGGAUAUAAAGUUACGUUGUUAUUUGUAAGGCGAUGUGCUGUGGGCGAAUGUGUUGUGUAGCAUAAAACAGUGAUACUCUUACAGUUGUAAAACAGUGACAAUAAUUCCUCACAUGAAUGGUUGUAAAAUAUAAUUAUUGAGGAUCAAAUGAUUGAUUUGUCAACAAGUGAAUCCCUAUGAUGAUGCACGUCCACUUGUCAUGGGAACCUGAUGGCUGAUUAUUAUUUUGCAGGUGAAGCUUGUUCUUUUUCUUCUGUACUUCACUUGUGAUGUUCGACGGCUUUUCUACUUCAUAUCUUCAUCAUCGGUUCAAAAAAAAAAAAAAAAAAAACAAAACUGUCCGAGCUCAUGUCAUAAUUGAAUCCUGUGACCAAACGUUCGCAAGGCAUCUGAAAAUCGGAUGUUGACAGGCUAUUCACUCUUUCGAAGUAUACUGUCGCCCCAUGCCUUCGACAAAGACUUGUAUCUUGUGGCGCUGUAGCAAGGCGAGAGGAAGCUAAGUGACAGAUGUGUUCUGAGGCUCAAACCCUUCGUCGGGAGACCUAGUUAACGUUGAACCAUCAGCUUCAUCAUCGUCAAACCUUAAUUAAAGGGAGAAGCAAGAGACGUGUAACCAGAUCUCGGCUGCUUAUCAGCCAGCUGCGAUGUAAAGACUUGGAGUGUCCUUCAUCCUGUCAGAAGCCCUUGAAAACCUGCAAAGAUGAUGCGAGGAUUUGAUUCAAUUGAAUCAAUGAAUUCAGAAGAGCUGCUGGUGAGAAGGAAGAAGGGCAACAAGAGAUAUCUUGUUUUCGGUACCGUCUGUGGCGUGUUCUUCGUGAUAGGUGUGCUAAUUGGUUAUUUCUCUCAUCCUUCAACCCCGUCGACCAAUGGCGGAAACAAACCGGACUCUCGUGGGCCAGUACCUUCAGGAGAUGACAGUUUCAAUUCCACACAAUUUAUUUUGGCAAAUGUGGACAAGGAUAAAAUUCGCAACAAUUUAAGGGAAUACUCCAAAGAACCCCGGCUAGCUGGCACAAAACAGGAUGCAGAUCUUGCCAAAAAAAUUCAGUCCGAUUGGAUUGCUAAUGGCUUGGAUGAGGUCCACAUGGCCACCUAUGAUGUGCUGCUAUCUUUCCCAAACACAACAACCCCUAACCUGAUCCAGAUCAAAAACGUGACAUCAGGACAGAUAAUCAGUGAAACAAAACCAUAUGAAGUGGCACUCACACCAGCAGAAAACAACUCUAAUGUUGUUCCACCAUUCAAUGCAUUCUCUCCUGCUGGCGAUGUUACUGGUGACCUGGUCUAUGUGAACUAUGGAACUGUAGAGGACUUUAUGUACGUGACAACUAACCUGUCAUUUAAUUUGACUGGGACCAUAGUCAUAGCUCGCUAUGGCAAAAUUUUCCGUGGUGACAAGGUGGAAAAUGCCCAACAUUUCAAUGCAGCUGGGGUAAUCUUGUACUCGGACCCUAGAGAUUUCAGCACUCAUAACGUCAAGCCAUAUCCAAAUUCAUGGUGGCUUCCAGGCACAGGAAUUCAGCGAGGAACAGUCUAUGGUGAUGGUGACAUCCAGACACCACUCUAUCCUUCAACCUACUAUGCCAACCGAAUACCCGUAGAAAAGGUAGCACUGCAAAAAAUACCAUGCCAGCCUAUAGGAUACGAGGAUGCCUAUCAGCUUUUGGGACAUCUGGUAGGCCCUGAAGCCCCAGCAACUUGGCAAGGAGGUCUGAACUUCACAUACCGCAUUGGUCCAGGAUAUGGAAACACAUCUGAUCUCAAAGUUCGGCUUAUUGUCAACAACUACAUAAAGGUGAAGCCAGUCUACAAUGUCAUAGGCUACAUUAAGGGCAGGGAGGAACCAGAUCGAUAUGUUCUAAUUGGAAAUCAUCAUGAUGCCUGGGUUUUUGGUGCUGUUGAUCCUCUCUCGGGAACAGCAUCUGUAACAGAGAUAACACGUGUUUUUGGACAAAUGCUUAAAAAGGGUCAUCGGCCACGGCGAACUUUGGUUUUCUGUAGUUGGGAUGCUGAGGAGCCAGGAUUGAUUGGAUCAAUAGAAUGGGUGGAGGACCACUUAAAAGUGCUUCUUCAGCGAGGUGUGGCCUAUCUGAACAUGGAUAGUUCUGCGACUUCUAAUUUUACAUUAGCCAUAGGCACUAGUCCACUUUUGCAGGAUGCUAUUUAUGAAGCAGCAAAGCAUGUACCUAGCCAAGAUCCAUCGUUUGCUACAAUGUAUGACAUGUGGCUGCACAGACCACGCUCUAACAAAUCAAAUCUACAGGAGCCUCAGCUAACCUACUCCUUGGGUUCAGGGAGUGACAUGGCAGCUUUUUAUCAGCGAGCUGGAAUUUCAUCAAUUGACAUGGUGAUGACCUAUGAUGAGGCCAACAUUCCAAUAUCAACUUAUCCACUGUACCAUUCCAGUUACGAAACGUUUUAUGCUUUCGACGCUUUCAUUGAUCCUGGAUUUACAGCAACAGCUGCAAUUACAAAGCUUAUGGCUAUUCUAGCCAUCAACCUGGCUGAUUCUGAGCUGCUUCCUAUGAAAGUAGAACGGUAUUCCAGAGCAAUAUAUGAUGCAUAUGCUACCCUAGCAACUCAUUACAGGGAUUUGUGGCAGUCUAAAGGUGUAGAUAUUGAGUCUUUAGAUUCAGCUGUCCAUAAUUUCAGUCUUGCUGCAAAAGCCUUCCAGGAGCAACUGGACAAUAUUAGCAAAUCACUGAGUGGCAGCCCUCUUCUGCAGCGUAUGAUUAAUGAUAAACUCAUGCAGCUAGAACGAGCGUUCUUGGACCCAGAGGGUUUGCCUGGUCGGCCUGAUCAAAAACACAUGAUGUUUGCACCGAGCCAGUUUGAUUCCUACAUCGACAACAGCUUUCCAGGGAUAGUCGACACCAUGUUUCAGAUCGAACAUGGCAGCGACAAGUGGGAUCAGCUGAAGCAGCAGGUGUACAUUGCCACAUACACCAUACAAUCAGCUGUCUUCACACUUCAGGGCCUUGGCUUGUAGCAUGGAGGCUUUCAUAAGUGCUUAAAGACUUGUGUGGAGUGACAGCAGCUUGGUGGCAACAAGUUUCCGUCCUCCAGAGCAGAACUGAUUCUCUGCAACUUUAUCAAACAUAUCUUCACAGAGUCUUUCUUAUAUCUGUAUGAGUCAGGACCAAGAAAAGUGCACAAUGCCAAGAAGGGAAAGAACUCAGAAAUUAACAUUGUUUCUUUCAGGCUGUCUUGUGAUAGAAGUAUUUUUCCAUAACCAAAAUGUCUCCAGCUGUUGUUGUUGAGCAACAUUUUUCGACAUCGCACACAAAUGACCAUAGACCAUUUGUUUGCAUAAUCUGCAUAUUGUCUUUUGUUGUAGAAUGUUCAUAUUUCUUAGCCAGUUAUUAUGUUUGGUUUUAUUCCUUGUAUUAUUGUUAUUAUGGCUUAUGUAUUACCUCCUGAGUCUCAAGGACUCAUUUUGUCUAUGUGCAAUUGAUUUUUUCUUACAAACUUUUGGGAGAGAGCUGUUAUACACCUUUAACAUGAUUUGGUGGUUGUUAUAAACAAUUAUUUUGUUUGUAAAGAUUUUUUUUGGGUUUGGUUAAAUUUGUUAGUUCCAGUGAUCUUGUAUUGUUACUUUACUACAUUUUGUUUUUAUGCAGACAUUAUAAUCAUAUUUUUGCAGGCUUGGUUCUUAAUAAUUUUUUUCAAAGAACAAUUAUAUUUAGAGACUUCCCUCCCGUUUAACUUUUUAAAUUGUCUUAAGUUUCAUUAUGAUUAAUAUUGGUUUGCUUGGAUGCUGUUGGUUAUCUUUGCAAGUAUUUGUUUUCUUCUGUUUCUUUCUAUUCUACCUUGUUGUCAAGAGGUUAGCUCGUUUUGUAGGUAUCUCAAGUAGAUCCAGUUUCUGAAUGAGUUGUCUGAUUCUAAGCUGUGGAUAGUGUCCUGUUGUUUCUUCUCAAAUAACACGAGAACCAGAAAGAUUAUUUGAUACUGUAACUCUUGGCACUUUAUGACAAGAGAAUCUGAUGGUUGCAUAGUUGUAGUGUUCAAAUGUUAGUGUUUCCAGCAUAAAUAUGGAGGAAUAUACAAAGUCAUAACCUUUGCUUUGAAUGUAAAUGGUGUGUGACUCCAGUAGAUGAAAAAUUCAGCUUAAGUUACUGUAUCUGACUGGAAGUUAAAAUAUUUAAAUUAUUUUCUGACUGACUUUUCUUGUGAACUUAAAUUUGUCCAUGAUGAAUUUUAUAGUAUUUGGUUUGAGUGCAGCAUAGUACAUAAUUUUAGCUUUCCCAAACACAUUUGAACUUUCAUUUUAAAGUCACGUCUGUACUUAUUUUGUGACUUUUUAAAGAUUACGAUGAUAUUAACCCCGAUUUUGUAUUUUUUUAAAAGAAAUAUUUAGACUGUAUACAUGCCCGUCGAUCACCUUUUCCUCUUAUUGAUCCGUUAAAUUCUUGUGUGACAUUCCACAUCUCAACUUUAUCAAGUUUGUGUCCAACGGCUCCAAGUCCUCCCUUAGACUUUCAAUAGUUUUGUUUUGCUUUGUCGUUUCUGUAACCAUUUGUUGCCUGGGGCUAUUUUAAUGAGUUAAUUACGCAUGGCAUGCUUAUCAGGCAAGGACGAAAAUCAUCUGCUUCUGUCUUUGGCCUGUUUCUCGAUUGUUCCCCAGGCGUAGUUCCCUAGGGAUUGUAGUUCCUUCUCUACUGUCCGUCGCCAGGCUUUGAGAGUCGAGGACACAGCGCUUCCUGGUUAUGGCUUCGUGGUCGCCUCCGAGAAUGUCAUUAGACUUCUCAGUCUUCAUCGUAUUCUCCUGAGGUGGCAUGGCUGUCCUGAUAGGAUUGGGCCAGCAAGUCUUCCCGUGAAAGGUUCGUAAGAUCCUGAGCACGCGCUUGGUAUGAAAUGUGAACAGUUUAUUCAGGUCUGCCUCCCUCACCUCAUAACAUUUUCAAGCCAUGCAGGAGGACGUGUCUCUGGUAUAGCUUGAUGCUGUACCUGGAGGACUUCUAGACGUUGUUGAGUGUCUAAAGGGCCGCACCCACGCAUUCCCUUCUCCUUCCUUACUGAGUCUGCUCACCAUUCACUAUUUAUCGUGUUUGUUUACGCUACCGAGGCUUCUGAAGGUCUCGGCUGUGGGGAUAUCUUUCCAAUCGAUUUGAACAGUUCUCGGGUUGCUGGUGUUAGGAGAGGCCAGUUCAGUGCGCUGGUAAUAAUUGAUGCUACCUUUUUUUAAAAAAAAAUUUACCUGCACCUGCCAUAAGGUUUUCUGGUCACCUUUUACCUGCGUACGGUCCGCUGUAGAUUGGAUCCACUGCUUGUUUGGGAAAGUCAGAAGUUCAACAUUGACGCUGUCCAGGCAUUUAUAGAUAAAACUACUGUUUCUCUCACUAGAAAAUGGGGAUGAGGAUCGCUAGUCAUACAGUAUAAACGAACUUUGUGUACUGUUGCUAUCACAGACCAUCAGUGGAUGGGAAUUUGGCUAAUUUUACCUGAUGCGUAACCAAGAACAGACUCGCUACCCUCUAGAAACUGCAUUUUCUGCUUUUUUCACUGUUCUCUCUCUUUUAUUAUCACAUUUCUUUUGUUCACUGUCUGUGUGUGUGAGAGAGAGGUGUUGUGUGCAGUUGAAACAAACUUUGUGAAGUAUAUCAUUUUCAUGAACUCUACCCCACCGGCGACUUCGCUCAGCACUCGCUAUUUAUCCAGACGCUGCACGUACUAGCCUCUGACACUGCCUGUCGUCUGUCAAAACAGCGAAGGAGGAUGAACUCCCAACAGUAGUGGUAUUCACAGCAUAGGUAAAGCAUAGACUAAGCUUCUGCAAGCCAGAUUUAUUAGAGAACUGAGAACUGGUGUUUAAUGCCAUUCCAGCAACUCAAGGUUUAUCAUAGCCAAGUAGGAGGGUCAUGUUAAAAGAUGAGAAGAUCGAAAGUCUAUGUACAUAUAAUUUAAUGCAUAUUUGUGUGUUUAUGUUUUAUAUUUGAAAAGUGCAACAUAUAAACAGUUCCAUGUAUUUCUUUGCCUGUUAAUCAGCUCCUGGAAAUAAAAACUGAUUACAUUGAUAAUUAAAAUAAUUUCGAGUUUGUGUCAGGCAGGCUGUAACUGCUGUUUGCUAGAAACAGUCUGGAAACAAGUGUAUUAAAGUUUUAGCACUGCUGCUCAAAUUAGAUAUUGUUGCGAAUUGCUUUCCGUAGUGAAUAAGAAAUAAUCUCUUGCAACUCGGAUUCUUUCAAGGUGAAAGAUAUCUUCAGUAGGAGAAUUAAAUAUUCUGUUGUCAAUGACUGUCGUGCUCUAAGUUAAUCGACAGAUGCCAGAGCCAGAUCCCUAACGAACGCAUGAUCAAUUCUUUUUCGACCAGUCGUGGAGUGGCAUCUCAGGUUAUCGCGUCUGCCUUAAAUAAAAGUUAAUGGAUUUUUUUCCCCCAUUAGCAGCGAACUUUGCCUUAAGUGCAAAUAGACGUGGUGACCUCGAGGCUCAAAUUCAAGUUUGUGAAAAACUAAAGCGACUAGUCGACUUCUUUACUUUGAAAAAAAAGAGUUGCCUACGCAGCUGGAAAAGGAAAUUUUGUGGCUCACGGGCAAAUUUCCAUUAGCGAUUUUUAUUUCACAAAUGUGUGUGACAUUGCAAGUUUUAUUUCUUUAAUUAUUGUCAGACUUUUUUGCAAAAAGUGCGGCACCACUUCUAAUAACUUGGCUUAAAAUGCAAAAAUCAGUAUGCAGAGUUGAGAAUGGUUUCUGCGUGCAUAUGAACAUGAAUAAAUAAGUUAGCACGCGGAGGGAGCGUUGUUGAGGGGUUGCUCGAUCCCUUUUUUCAUUCAUUAACUACAAUGUGAGCAUAGUGUUUGAAUGGGUGAUGCACAGGUUUUUGCUUGACAUACUGUUGUCACUGAGGUCAAAUUACUGGCACAAGAUGUCCAGGGUUUUAUUAGCAUAUCUAUUUUUGAGGUAGUUUCCUGAUAUACAUCAAUUAACUCCAAUCUUUACUUUGUAUUAUUGUCUGUACAAGCCAUAUAUGCAAAUAUGUUCGGGAUCACGGGAGCGGAUCCAAGAAAUAAGUAACGGGUGCGGGGAUUCCUCGAAUAUCUUGCAAUUGGUCAUUUGUUUUAGUUGUUGAAUGUAACUGGAGGCUUGUAAUCUUUAGCUGUUCACAUGACAUUCAGAUCCUCCUCACCACAUCCAGAAAUAAUAAUAAUAAUUACCAUCAUCAA